AUGCUAGAUAUAGCUUAAGGAUUAGCUAAAUGCAAUCAACUUUCUUCUUUAGAAAUUGACUUAUAACAAAACAAAGCAAGUGGCAAAGUAAGAAUAUAUUUCAUUUAAGAAAUAUCAAAAAUGAAAAAACUCACAAAUUUGAAACUUCGGAUAGAAUAUAGUUAAAAAAAUUAGAGUUAUAUAGAAAAGUUUAAGUAGACAGUGCUUAAAAUAAAAAGAUUAGUACAUUAAUAAAUAAAGGUUUAUUAUUCAUUUAGUCUAGAAGAAUAUAAUAAUGAAUGA